ACACUAGAGUUCAGAGUUGAUGCUGUAGGAGGUGACGCAGCUAGCUUAAAAAGCAGCUGAUGGUGAGGAUGUAAUAACCUCCAGGAGGGAGUGAUUUAGAUUAAGACAUAUAAAGUUAAGACAUAAUGAAUUAAACGGAUUGGUUGUGAAAUCUGAACCCUCUUCGAUGAUGUCUUGUUGGGGUGUUCAGGCUGUGAGGACGUCGCUGUCUUUACAAAAGGUUAGUGAAGCUAAGCUUAGCUAAUAACGGUUAGCUGGAGUCUUAAUGUUAAUGGCGAGCAGAACUGACAGGUUUCCUCUUUCGGUCAAACUCUGAGGAUUUUAAAGAUCUAAACUCGUAUUUUUCUGUUAUUUAAGUAAACGGAGGUUAUAGGGGUUUUCAUUUACGAUCAAACUCACUGAGACGAUCUAAAAUGAUCUUAGAGGUCAGUCUGACUCAUGAGUCUCAUGUUUGGCUGAAAACCAAACGCUCGACCAAAACGCCACUCUAUAGCCACGAAUAAUGCUCAGAACAGCACCUAACUUCAUCAACAGGACAUAUAGGGUCACAGACAUAGUACUAGACACCAAACAUCUUAUUAACUUUGACUAAUUUCUUUAGCAAAGAGACUAAACACAACUCACCUACUCUCUUCCAGCAGCCGCUUGUCAGGCCAGUCCAUUACGGACUACAGCGGGGUGACGCAGCUCAAGGAAGAACAUUUAUGAUCAUUUUUUAAUCAUUUCCUUGAAGUAAUAAACAUCAUGUUAAUGAAGCACAGCGGUAGUUCAGGCAGGUCACGGAAUCAAGCUAAGGGCUACAGUCAGCUGACAGCUCAGGUGACUGUCCUCUACAAAUCCUAUUGGCUAAUGUCAAAAUGGCGCCCUAUUGGAACUGCUUCACCUGCCUACUCUGCCUGCUGCAACCACUCUGCAACCCACCUCCACCUGUUUAUGUUGUGUCUAAUUUUACCAGUGUCAUAUGUAUUGUCACUGAUGCUUGCUCUGUUCUUUGGGGAGAUUUUAACUUAUAGAUCUUAACCGUAUUUAUUUGCCUGUUGAUGAAGUUAGGUGCUGUUCUGAGCAUUAUUUGUGGCUAUAGAGUGGCGUUUUGGUUGAGUGCGUGUCUCUCUGUAUUACUAUCCUGCGGUCGUUACUAAAGUUGGUAUAACUAGAGAAGCAAGCGGUCGGUAACAUUCAUCUCUGGAGGGGGGGUCUAACUCAGUGUUGCAGUGUUUUUGACCAUAAAUACAUCCGCCGUAAUAUCCCUUUAAAGGGACAUUAUAAGACAAGCUCAGAUAAACAGAUCUUGACUAUCACAGUUUAGUUGAAAUUGUGCAGUUAUAUAAGAAUAUAAGCUUCAUUAUGUCAUUGUACUGAGUUUAAAAACUAGCUUUGUUAUCCUAAGCCCUUUGUAAUCCUUUGUUAUCCCAGAAGAAGAAACUUCUGAUCCUUAAAAUCUGAUCUUUUAAACACCUGGUUUAUGCCCCAUGAUAUUUUUGCGUUCUGUAAAUAUACAGGUGCUCCUCAAAGAUUGGGAAAAUUAAGAGAUUAGAAACCUGGAGAAUGAAAGAUUGAACAGAAUAAAGAUGUUUUCAUAGAUUAUGUAACAUCUUCAUCAUACUGUUUUCUGUUUUUCAGCUGUGCAUCCUCUCCCUGCUGAACCUCAGACAUCCUCCACAUCACGUUCCUCUGCCAUCCCGGAGAAGAGCUCCUCACUGCGCCUCCUCCUCACGUCUCCUCUCUACUCCAGCGGACUCUCCUCCCCUCUCCGCUCUGACUGACUCCACCGACUGCUCUGAUCCGGAACAGACCCGCAGCGCCUCCACAUGGACUCCUGAUCAGGGUCCUCCGCCCGCUCCCACUCACUGCUGUAUGAGCGGCUGUCAUAACUGCGUGUGGAUCGAACACGCAGAGCAGCUGCUGGAGUAUUACAGCGACGGCGGAGACCGGGCGCUCACUGCUAUUGAGGAGAACGUUCUGGAUGAGAACUUGAAAACGUAUUUAAAGAUGGAGAUCAGACUGUUGAAGAAGAAAUGACCGUGGAUAGACUGUCCUCGUACUAAAGAGGAGGCUUUAACGAAGACUGUGAGCACUUUUGAGUCACUGAUUUCAGCCCCAAUUACACAGAUCAUGUCUUCUCAACAAACAGAAGUGUUUAAGGUAGGAUGUGAAAGUGAAGGUUGCUGUUAGUCCUCCUGUGCUGUCAGCAAAACAGAUUUUAGACAUUUUUUCUACAAGAAUAUGUGCAGAAAUUUCUUGUUGCAAUGAACAAAACAGAAAGGUCAAAGUUUAGGGAGGAAUCUCUAGAUACUGGAUCUUUAUACCUGUGUUUCCCUCCUUGGCGCGGGUCAUUUUGACAAAUGAAAACAGUAAAGACACUCCAAGAGCUGAAGUCCCCCUGAAGAAGUGUUGUUUAAACUCAAGAUACAUAUGAAAGCUCAGUUUAAAGCCUCAGAAAAGUGAGGUCUUCAGUUUGCUUUUAAAGCCCGACUUGUUCUUUGAAACAACAGCAAACUCAUUUCUCAUCAUGAACAGAAUCUGCCCCAGUGCAGGUUGAGGGUUCAGCGUAAGAUGAUCUACUCUGCUCAGAUUCAUGCAGCUGAAAACUCUGAAUUUACCGUUAAGUCACAUUUAGGAGACACUUUUGUCUGGAGAGAGUAAGAACAACACGAGCAAAGAUCUGGACAGAAGUGAGCAACAUGAAGAAGACAAUGUACCGCCAUAUCUUGUUUAGAGAGGACCGGGUUAUUUAUGGACCAGUCUGCAGAUUAAAGGUCCAGCUGCUUUGCUGAAAGUGAAGGCUGAAUGUUUGGGAUAAAAAAAGAAAAGCGUGUCGUAUAUUUCUGUCUGCACUGCUCUGAGAUUUUCAUUUAUGACUUGAAUUAUGUUAUUAAAGUGCAUCGUGUCAUUGGAAGUAGUUUUAGUAUAUUUAUGUUUGUCCUCAGAUUUCACAUCUUCGUGUCUCUUUUUCUGCAUCACUCACAGAUUCACGGCUGCCGUCUUUAAGUCGUUAAAACAGAUUUGCACUUUUAUUUUCUGAUCUCAGCUGUUCAAGUUGACUUUUAUGUGUCUUUACUGUGAUUCUGAAGAGGUAAAUAUGUAUUUGAAUUUAUUUUGAAGGUUCGAUUGAUGAAUAAAUGAUAUUUCUGAUACAACAUGAA